AUGGGUACUCUGGUUCGAUCUACAAAAGCUAAUCGCUACUUGCUAGUGGUCACAGAUUAUUUUACCAAGUGGCUAAAAGCAUAUGCUUUGCCAAAUCAAGAGGCAAAAACAGUUGCUACGGUUAUAGUAAAUGAGGUUGUAUGCCGAUUUGGAGUUCCUCUCGAACUGCACUCUGAUCAGGGAACAAAUUUUGAGUCAGUUGUGUUUCAAGAAAUGUUUUCGUUACUUAGCAUUAAGAAAACUCAAACUACACCUCUGCAUCCGGAAUCAGACGGAAUGGUUGAGCGACCCCGAUCUGGAAGUUGUUGA